AUGAAGCUCGAAGUCAACCAUAAUCAUUUCCGCAAUGGGACAGCAAAGGUUAUCCAUGCAGUCAACUGUUUGGAGGGAAGAGUCCGUGAUCAGGUCAUACAACUUGUUAAAGCCAAUCCUGCUGACUUCUUUUCCUCCGUCACCUUCUUCGUGGCCUAUAUGGAAGGCUCAUUUAGAGAACUAAACACUCAAAGUACCAACCACCGCCAACUCGUCCCCCUGAGGCAAGGCAAAGGAGACUUUGCCACCUACUACUCACAGUUCAUCAGAAACAUGUCCCACUUGCAUUACAACAAAGGAGUCAAGAUUGACCAAUUGCCGGAAAGAUUGUCGGACAACUUUAGAGACGUCAUGACAUAUCGAACGGACAGACCCAAUAUGGUGGAAGCAUAUGCGACCAUGUCAGUGACGAUCGACAAUCACAUGUAA